UUUUCUUAGAGAAUGCCCUUGCGAUAUAUGAGUCUGCCUUAUUUUUACAAAAUAUUUAAUAUUAUGAAACUUGUAAUAAAUUUAAUGUUUUAAAUAAACACUGAUUUUAAUAAGCUAUGAUGCGCAACACAAUGUGCUUGAAAUAGAAUUAAAUUUCUUGUGCGGACAGACCCAUAUAUACGAUUGCAUUGUUUAAAUGAAGCAAAUGAUUAAAUUUUCGUUGGAUUCGACAUCAAUGUACAAUUUGUUCAAGACAUUUUUAUAAUUAUACGUGACAAAGACAUCCGAGGACAUCUUGUAAUUGGCAAUGUGUAUCUAUUGUACUGAUACAAGUGUUUUCGUUUUAGUGAACAAAGAGAGAAACAAAUUGCAAAAAAAUGUCAAGUAAUAAUACACUUAGCGUAAAGAUAAAGGUUUGGCUUUAUGAAAGUUAAUCACUUUAGCAAUCGGUUCCAAGUCAUACGACGCGACUGUGGCUCCAAAAUCGUGCGACGUGCAGUUUGUACCGAUAUAUAGUGUAAUCGCUUUACUGGAUUUGUAAAAGAUUAAGUGACGUUAUUGUAUCGUGGCACGCGACAACUUUUCCUAGUAGAUUUCUUUACAUACUCUGGGAGAAAAGCUAAACAAAUAACUUAACUCCGAAUGGCGUGUACAUAGUUGCAAGUAAUAGCAUCGCUCAUGCGACCUUCAUACACGCAGAUAAUGUCCGAAACUACGGAAUCACCUGACAAGGAGAAUGCUGCCUCGAAGAAGAGAAAGACGAACGUUUGGGAAGAUUUGGGCUCACCACGUUACAUAAUCGCGCCGAUGGUAGAUGCGAGCGAAUUGGCAUGGAGAUUGCUUAGUAGGCGACACGGUGCUCAGCUCUGUUAUACGCCAAUGCUGCAUUCCUCUGUAUUCUGUCGGGAUCCCAAAUAUAGGCGAGAGGCUCUCGUUAGUACCAGCGAAGAUCGUCCACUAAUUGUACAGUUUUGUGGCAAUGAUCCGGACAUAUUAUUGGAAGCUGCACGCUUGGCUGAACCAUAUUGCGAUGCAAUUGACAUCAAUAUCGGCUGUCCUCAGGCAAUUGCAAAGCGUGGACAUUAUGGAGCUUUUUUACAGGACGACUGGGAUUUGUUAAAAAAAAUUUUGUCAAAUUUAAAGAAUGGAUUACGCAUACCUGUCACUUGUAAAUUACGGGUGUUCCCAGAAAUCAAGCGUACCAUAGAAUAUGCUUGUAUGCUAGAACACGCAGGUGCCAGUUUACUCACUGUUCAUGGACGUACGAGAGAGCAAAAGGGCCCAUUGACUGGACUAGCGUCUUGGAAGCACAUUAAAGCCGUGAGAGAUGCUGUAAAAAUUCCCGUGUUCGCCAAUGGUAACAUACAAUGUAUGCAAGACUUAGAGCGAUGCAUCGAGGAAAUUCAAGUGCAGGGUGUGAUGUCUGCGGAAGGAAAUCUUUAUAAUCCAUACCUAUUUGAAUCUCGUUAUCCUGCCUGUUGGGAACCCGCUCUGGAAUAUUUGGAACUUGUAGAGCAAUAUCCGGUACCAGCUUCGUACAUCCGCGGUCACUUGUUUAAACUCUUCCAUCAUGUAUUUUGUUUAGCAGAAAAUAAAGAAGAAAGAGAAAGUCUGGCCACUAAUUCUACUAUGGAAGCUUUUAAAAAUGUCACAUAUGCCUUGAGGGAUCGCUAUCUACCGUAUCACGAAGGACAUUUGGUUUGGCAGACGGAAAAGACAGAUUAUAAUUUAGAAUUACCGCCGUGGUUGUGUCAACCUUACGUACGAGGAGCACCACAAGAAUACACACAAAAAUUACAGGAAAGUGCACCUCGGAAACGUGAAUACAGAGAUGAAGAAGGAAACGAAAUAUCACGAAAACGUUCGAAAAAGCUCAAGCGAAUAGCGCGUAGACCGAAUAAAGCAACCUCGAUUCCCAAGAGAAGCUCAGAUCGAUGUCGUGCCUGUCCAAAUCCUCUGGGUUUUAAAUGUGAAUACAAAUUAUGUCGACAAUGCUGUAGGAACAAGUGUUACAUAGAAAAUUUAGACUGUGCUGGUCACAGAAAUCUAACCAAAACUAGAAGACAGAUGGCGAAAGAAUUCGAGGCAAAGCGUAAGGAAUUUGAAAAUAUAACAUGACGCUCUGUAUUAUAAUAUUUUAAAUAAAAAUUAAUGUAUAAAUGUA